UUGAUUUAACUUUCAGCGACUUUUUUAACGUGACAUCUCUUAAACUUCUCUGGUGUAGACGCCGUUUCGAGUAAUCCCAAUUUAAAGACAAAUUAUAACUUCCGGUUUAGUCGUGGCCGAAAGUGAAAGUUGUUUUACGAAAGCUGCUUUAAUUGAUGUCGAACAAACCAGCAUACUUACAAGGAAGAGGUCGGGGACGUGGAGGUGAUAGAAGCAAUCAGCAGCAGAGUGCAACACAGAAUGGCCGAGGAAAAGUCCUCCCAGGGAACACACCAAACAACAGCCCUGGAGGACUGGACCCUUUAAAAGAUCACACAACUACGGGUAAAACAGCUGAGGAAAGGUUUCACUCUGCAAACGAGCAGCACAAGGAGUCCAUUAAGCGUCACCUGGAGGGGAGAAAUGGCGAUCAGAUUGAAGACUCAUCGGACGAAGAGGACCUUGACAAAUCCAUACUUGAAAAGAUCUUUAAAACUUACUCUGGCACAGAUGGUGUGAGAGGUGAAGUGUUAAACAUUGGUGCUGCCCAGGACAGUCUGCUGCAUUCGUUCCGGUCAGGGACAUCAGCCUGUCUGGUGUGUAUUGAUGCCAUCAAGAAAACUGACCAGAUCUGGAGCUGUGGUGGCUGCCAUGCCAUAUUUCACAUCCAAUGCAUCCAGAAGUGGGUGAAGGACGGUGUGUACCAGCAGAUUUACAAGGCAGACGACAACAUACGCCCUGAGUCCAUACCCUGGCAUUGUCCUAAGUGCCGACUUGAAUAUGACCAGAAGCUUUGCCCCACCCGCUACCUGUGCUACUGUGGUAAGGUUGAGGACCCAAAGUUUGACCCCUGGUUGGUGCCUCACUCGUGUGGAAGUCCCUGUGGAAAGCCCCUUAAACCAGAUUGUGGCCAUUUAUGUCUACUGUUAUGUCAUCCAGGUGGUUGUCCUCCGUGUCCCCAGACAGUGCGUGCAAAGUGUCACUGUGGGAGGGCGGCACCCCAGAUGCGGCGGUGCAGUGCUCGAGCCUGGGUGUGUGGUGGCGUGUGUGGACGGAAACUGGCCUGCAGUCAGCAUACCUGUCAGCAGUCUUGCCAUGCAGGUGAUUGCCAGCCCUGUCCCAUGACCAGCACCCAGAGGUGUCAGUGUGGCAAGUCCUCCAGUGUGAGACCCUGUGCCAGCCCAGCAUGGAGCUGUGACAAGGUGUGUGGCAAGCGGUUGUCAUGUGGAAACCAUGUCUGUGAGACCGUGUGUCAUGUUGGGAGCUGUGGGGAAUGCCCACGGGGCGGACUGCGCAAGUGUCCAUGCGGGAAAUCUGACUACAACUUGCCCUGCACUGAGGACAUCCCUACAUGUGGUGACACCUGUGGUAGGCUACUAGCCUGCGGUGUACACCGAUGUGUGCAGAGAUGUCACCAGGGUGACUGUGGAAACUGUGGUCAGAUGCGCGUGAAGCGGUGUCGCUGUGGCCAGAAGGAGAGAGAGGUGCAGUGCUGCAAGGAGCUGCUGUGUGAGACCAAGUGUCUCAACCUGCGGGACUGUGGCAGACAUCCCUGCAAGAGGAAGUGUUGUGACGGCAACUGUCCAUCCUGUGAACAGAUGUGCAAUAAACCACUUGGCUGUAAGAACCACAAAUGCAGCAGUCGAUGUCAUAAGGGUCGUUGUUACCCGUGCAUGGAGACCAAGGACAUAGUGUGUAACUGCAAGGCCACCAAGGUCACUGUGCCGUGUGGGCGAGAGAAGGUGACCAAACCACCACGCUGCAUCUACCUGUGCCAAAAACCACCUGCAUGCGACCAUUCGACACGCACCCCACACAACUGUCACUUUGGAGAGUGCCCACCCUGCAGGCAGGUGUGCGGAAAAUCCCUGCCCAAGUGCGCCCACACAUGUCUUGCAAACUGUCACAUUGCUUUCAAAGUCAGAUAUAAAGAUGAUAGACCAAGGGCAGGACCUUGGGAGGGGGCACCACAGAUGAUUGAGAAGGUGGUAGAUAAGCCUUGCCCACCAUGUAUGGUUCCUAUGACCAUGAUGUGCUAUGGAAAACAUGAGACGGGCACGUUUGCAUGCUCUGUGGUGCAGCCCUAUCAGUGUGGGAGGCGGUGUGGCAGACAGCUGGCCUGUGGCAAUCACAAGUGCUCCUUGAUGUGUCAUACAGUGGAGGGGGCCAACAGUCCUGAACUGGCUGGUACGAAUUGUGAGGUGUGUGAGGUUGGCUGCCAGUUUGAGAGGCCCGAGGGCUGUACACACGAGUGUCCCAACCCCUGCCAUCCCGGGCCCUGCCCAGACUGCAGGCAAAUGUUCCGCAUGCGCUGCCACUGCCAGGUCUCUGUGCAGUUUAUUGAGUGCUUCAAGUGGGUGGCUAGCAAUGACAGGCAGAAGGAGGCUCUGAAAGUGUGCGGGGGACCGUGUCCUAAACAGAUCAGCUGUGGACAUCAGUGCAGUUUGCCAUGCCACGCAGGUCCAUGCACAAGGGCUGACCAGUGUGAGCGAAAGACCACAAUACGCUGCAAAUGUCGGCGCCAGAAACGGGAAGUAAAAUGUCGAAAUGCUGAGUCGGAAAAAGCAAACUUACAGUGUGACGAGAAAUGUUUAGAAGAGCAGGACAAGAAGAAAAAGGUUGAAGAUGAAGAGAGGAGGAAGUUACAAGAAGAGGAAGAGAAGAAACAGCGAGCGGAACUAGAAGAAUUUGAGAGGAAAACUAAAGGCCGAAAACGAAGGCCACGGAAAAACACAGAGACAGUAGUGGAAGAGUCCUUCCUUUCCAAGCACAAAUCAGUGCUCAUUAUAUGUGUCAGUGUUGUAGCUCUAGCAGUGUUCGUGUACUAUCUAAUGAAUGUUUCAUAAUUAUGUUUAAGUACCAGUCUUGCAUUAUUUGACACUCAGAGAUAUAACUUGACAGAGAGUUAACAGCAUAAUGACUGAUCAAUUGGGUUUAUGUAAUGCUUUCUGGUGGUUUAUUGACAAAAUAUCAGUGAAUUGAAACUGAAAAAUCACUAUUUCAGACAGUUAAAAUUAUCUGUUAUGUCAUGUUGUCAUUAUUUUAGCGAAAUUCUCUAGUUUUAAUACAAAAAUAUUAAUUUGUAAGCAUAAAAUUAAAAUAGUUAGCUCGAUUAGUUGGAAUAGUGCCACAAGUGAUUUUUUUUCAUGAUCACUCGUGAUAUGAUAUUCCACCAUUCCAACAAAUAUCCUCUAUAUAUGAUUAUUAUGCUUAUACUAAUAUUCAAAGCGUGUUUUUGCAAUGAAAUAUUACAAUAAAUCUGACUAACAAAGUUAUUUUAAGUAUAUAUAAUCUGUGAAUUGUUUUUCAAAGUAGUGUUUUUGACAAUGAAACAUUUAAAUUAAUCUGACUAUCAAUUUCCAAUUCAACUCACAAUAUUUUUAUAUUGAUUUUGUAAACAACAAUUCAUAAUUUUAUUGUUUUGUUUUUUAGCAAUAUUGCAGUAUUUACACAUUACAAUUUCAGCACAAGUAUUUUCCAUUAUGUGUUAGUUUCAGGAAAUAAUGAUCUAAAUAUAAAUAAUUAAUGUUGAUAUUGUUACCUGUAUAUAUUACACUUUAAAAGUACUGUUAUUAUUCACUGUAUUUUAUGUACAACCUAUUACCAUAGCAAUGGCGGCUGAUUGUUGUAAAUUUUUUCAAGUUUCUCGUCAUAAUCAUUUCUAUUUGUUUGUUACUUUUAAUGACAGAUUUAUGUAUAUGAACUAUUUUAAUAGAUAACAUGCCAAAGAAAGUACCUGCCAUCUUGUUUUUUGUAUGUUAUUCAAAGAUCCCAAUUAAUUAAGAUCAACAGAUAAAGUGGGUGAUUAUAUACAUCAUUUGCUCAAAUUUAUUUACAUUUUAUUAUAGAUAGUAACAGAUCUCAAUUCAAAAGCAGCUGCUGUCUGCGCAAAAACCAAGUCUAAGCCGUAGGCUGUACAAUUCCUAUCUGACUAUACUUGUUAAGUACUGGUCAUUGGGCUAUGAAAAUAACACUAGUGCCUGGCCUUCAUUUCCAAAUACUUGUAACUGCAACACAUAAAACCACUUAUCUGUCUACUAAAGCACUUUUAUUCAUAAGUGUCUACCAGUCCUGAUGCGAAAAAAAAAUCUCAGUUGUUCAUGCAGACCAAAUGUCAGCCAGGCAGGUCUCAUACAUGCAAAUGUUCUUUCAAGAAUUGUUGGAUAACAAGUGUGGUUAUCCUACUAUUGCCAUUUUGUGUUUGAUAACUGUUCAAAUAUGUGUAUUUUAUGAAUAAAUUUUAACAUUGAGUGCUUAGAAGAAACUAAAUAUGAAGUAUAUUUCUGUGUUCAGCUCAUCUAAGGCCAAAUUGCUCAUGGGAAGCUUGAAGCAUUUUGAUUGUCUUGUACAAGUUCAACUCAUUAAUGUCUUAUUAUGGCGUUUUAAGAUAUUACCUCAUACUGCAUUCAAUAUUAUUAUAUUCUUUAGUAUGUGCUGCCACAUAAAUGUAACCAUGGAUAUAAAGUAUGUACUAUUUUAAGUCAAUUUCAAAAGCUUAGAAGAGAUUAUGUUUUUUAGCUCACCUGAGCACAAUGUGCUCAUGGGUUGUGCUCAUGCUGAGCUUUUGUGAUUGCCUUUUGUCCGUCAUGCGUCGUCCGUUGUGUGGCAUCAACAUUUGCCUUGUUAACUCUCUAGAGGCCACAUUUAUGGUCCAAUCUUCAUGAUAUUUGGUCAGAAGAUUGGUCUCAAUGAUAUCUUGGAUGAGUUCGAAAAUGGUUACGUUUGCUUGAAAAACAUGGCUGCCAAGGGUCGGGGCAUUUUUCCUUAUAUGGCUUUAUAUGGCUAUAGUAAAAUCUUGUUAACACUCUAGAGGCCACAUUUAUUGUCUGAUCUUCAUGAAACUUGGUCAAAAGAUUCAUCCCGAUAAUAUCUUGGAUGAGUUCGAAAAUGAUGCCGGUUGGUUGAAAAACAUGGCUGCCAGGGUGCGGGGCAUUUUUCCUUAUUUGGCUAUAUUAAAACCUUGUUAACAAUCUAUACAGGCCACAUUUAUUUUCCAAUCUUCAUGAAACUUGCUCAGAUUUGUCACAAUGAUAUAUUGGACGAGUUCAAAAAUGGUAACCUUUGCUGAAAAAACAUGGCUGCCAAGGGGCGGGGCAUUUUUCCUUAUAUGGCUAUAGUAAAAUCUUGUUAACACUCUAGAGGCCACAUUUAUUUUCCAAUCUUCAUGAAACUUGGUCAGACGAUUCAUCCCAAUAAUAUCUUGGACGAGUUUGAAAAUGAUGCCGGUUGGUUGAAAAACAUGGCCGCCAGGUGGGUGCGGCAUUUUUACUUAUAUGGCUAUAGUAAAACCUUGUUAACACUCUAGAGGCCACACUUAUUUUCCGUUCUUCAUGAAACUUGGUCAGAAGAUUUGUCACAAUGAUAUCUUGGAUGAGUUCGAAAAUUGUUUUGGUUUCUUUAAAAAACAUGGCCGCCAGGGGACUGGGCAUUUUUUUCUUAUAAGGCUAAAUAUGGCUUUUGUAAAACCUUGUUAACACUCUAGAGGCCACAUUUAUAGUCCGAUCUUCAUGAAACUUGGUCAGAAGAUUCAUCCCAAUGAUAUCUUGGACGAAUUCAAAAAUGAUGCCGGAUGGUUGAAAAACAUGGCCACCACGGGGGCGGGGCAUUUUUAUUUAUAUGGCUAUUGUAAAACCUUGUUAACACUCUUAGGUCACAUUUAUUUUCUGUUCAUCAUGAAACUUAGAUUUGUCCCAAUGAUAUCUUGGAUGAGUUCAAAAAUGGUUUUGGUUGCUUUGAAAACAUGGCCACUAGCGGCGGGGUAUUUUUCCUUAUAUGGCUAUAGAUACACCUUGUUAACAUUCUCGAGGCCACAUUCAUUGCCCAAUCUUCAUGAAAUAUGGUCAGAAGAUUGGUCUCAAUGAUAUCUUGGAUGAUUUCGAAAAUAAUUAUGUUUGCUUGAAAAACAUGGCUGCCAGGGGGCGGGGCAUUUUUCCUUAUAUGGCUAUAGUAAAAUCUUGUUAACACUCUAGAGGCCACAUUUACUGUCCUUGGUCAGAAGAUUUGUCCCAAAAAUAUCUUAUCUCAGAUGAGCGACUUUGGGCCUUUCAGGCCCUCUUGUUGUUGCAUUUUACUUGGUACAUAAAAUUUACUUCAGUUGAUAAGCAGAUUGAAUUUGUGUAUUACAUUUACUGUUAUAUUUUGUUGCAUUUUAAUGGUUUCAAACUGUUACAUAAAGGUUGGAAAAUAAAGUAUCUGUUAGUA